AAUACUUAUGUUAAGUAGUAUUGAAUCGACCGGCAGUUUUGAAGAAGGUUUAGUACUAAAAAUUUUUGUUUUAUUUAAUCUUGUCAAACUUGAGCAUAGCCUGUCAACGGAUGUCUUUUCACGAUAUAUAGCUAAAAGGCUAUGUAAAUACUUACCUUUCAGUAUUAAACUGCAGCUUGGUGAUGUACUUUUUUCUUUUCAUAGGCAUUUAAAAGCAGCGUUUUAUAUAUUUACAUUUGAUGUGAGCAUUCGCUAGUCGAAAUUGAAUUCGAAAUCAAUCAAUGUUGGACAAGAAAUGUUUCAUGAAAGGCCAAUAUGAUUUGUACCGACAAGCGCAAGUCAAUUGAAGAAUUGAAGGUUUAGGGAAUGAAAGCAAAAAGAUCUUACCUAGGUGUGAUUGUUAUAACAAUUGAUCAGCACCAAUGGAAACAAAAUCAGGUACUUUGGUAGAGAGAAAACAACGUACUUGUGUAUAUAUGCAAAAAAUUCUAACUUUAUAAACUUUCCUGUUUAUAUGCUUCUUGAUUCAUUUCAUUCAUGGUUUUUUUUAACCUCCAACCCGAUUCUUAUUUAUUGGAACACUUUCUCAGCUUGUGUCAAUAAACGUUAGAUUUAAGUUUUCUAUUAAUCAUUAUUAAUCAUUCCAAAAAGCAUUCAGUUAGAAAAAGCACUUUUGAGUGUUUUUUUAGAUUUCUUUCAAAUCCUCUGCUACAGAGAACCGUACCUCUUCACAUCCUAAAUCCGUUGUACGUCUUCUAACAUCAAGGGCGGUAACAUGUCUGAAAAUAAAUCUUUUGAACAAAGGUCUUUAAUUUCUGUUAUCGGUGACGACGAUACUGUUACAGGCUUGCUUUUAGCGGGAACAGGUCAAGUCAACGAAGAUGGCAAGAAAAACUUCUUUAUUGUGAACCAAAAAACCACUGAUGAACAAAUUGCGGAUGUCUUUGAUGAUUAUACUACUAAGCGGUCGGACAUUGCAAUUGUUUUGAUUAAUCAAGUUGCUGCUAAUCGGAUUCGAGACAGAAUUGAAAAAUACGUUCAGGCAUUUCCUGCUGUGUUGGAAAUUCCUAGUAAAGACGAUCCUUAUGACCCCGAAAAAGACAGCAUUCUUAGACGUGUUCGAAAGAUUGUAGGCGAAUAAAUAACUCUCAAUUUCCAUAUACUUUUAACUGUGUGAAAUAUAUUUUUAUUUACGAUAUUUUGCUUUACUAAUUAUUAAAUU